AAAAACGGGGCAGCUUGUUGUCGUGGACUUCACUGCCGCUUCAGACUUUUAUCCUCGUUAAACUAAUCCUCAAGAGAUUUGAUUCAACGGCAAGAGGAGUUGGGAAAAGAGGAAUUUUCUUUCAACGGUAGUUAAGCUUUUACUGUAUGCAAAACCUUUAGAAGAGUCUCGGAGUACAGCGUAACGGACAACUACACGGCGAGUUACUACAUGGGAGCAAAUAUAGGAGGACGGAGCGCAGAUUUUCCAGCUCAGAUCAACGGCGCUGGAAUAUAAACAUGGAUGACGGGCAGCAAUGAUGGCUUUAAGGAAUUGAGGCCGACUCGCUUUCUCUUUGUUUUUCUUUGUUAAAGGCGGAUGAUUUUACAUCUGCGUUUAUGUUAUUGCAGCUUUUGAGACGUGACGUGCCAUUGGCUGAUCAUUUUGGGGAGGAAAUUGUGAGCAUGGCUCCUGGCUUGCUCGCCACAAUGGCUCCUGAUGGGCCCAACAUCUCCUGGCUCCCAGACGCCCCUCUGCUCACGCCAGAGCAGCCUAUAUUCCUGAUGACGACCACAGCCCAGGCAGUGUCAGGCUUUUUUGUGUGGACGGCACUUCUACUCACCUGCCACCAGAUCUACAUGCAUUUGCGUUAUUACAGCUCUCCUAAGGAACAGAGGCAUAUAGUGCGAAUCCUUUUCAUCGUACCAAUCUAUGCCUUUGACUCUUGGCUCAGCCUUCUCUUCUUUACCAAUGACCAGUACUAUGUGUACUUCGACACAGUCAGGGAUUGCUAUGAGGCGUUUGUGAUCUACAACUUCUUGAGCCUUUGUUAUGAAUACCUUGGAGGAGAGAGUGCUAUAAUGGCCGAAAUCAGAGGAAAACCCAUCGAGUCCAGCUGUAUAUACGGUACAUGUUGUCUUUGGGGCAAGACUUACUCUAUUGGCUUCCUGAGAUUCUGCAAACAGGCCACUUUACAGUUCUGUGUGGUAAAACCCCUGAUGGCCAUAAUUACAGUCAUCCUGCAGGCUUUUGGCAAAUAUCGUGAUGGAGACUUCAAUGUUGCCAGCGGUUACCUCUAUGUGACCAUCAUUUACAACAUCUCCGUCAGCUUGUCGCUCUACGCUCUCUUCCUGUUCUACUUCUCCACUCGAGACCUGCUCAGCCCCUACAGGCCCAUGCUCAAGUUCUUCAUGGUCAAAUCCGUCAUCUUUCUCUCCUUCUGGCAAGGCAUGCUUCUUGCCAUCCUGGAGAAGUGUGGAGCGAUUCCUCAGAUCAGCUCUCCUGAGGUGUCUGUCGGCGAGGGAACUGUUGCAGCAGGCUACCAGAACUUCAUCAUUUGCAUUGAAAUGUUCUUCGCUGCUUUGGCUCUGCGACAUGCGUUUACAUACACAGUCUACAUGGACAAACGCCUGGAUUCCCUUGGCCCUGUUCCUACGUAUGGAGAGUACGGUCGCUGUGCCCCCAUGAAGAGCAUUUCCAGCAGCUUGAAGGAGACCAUGAACCCUGGAGACAUGGUUCAAGAUGCCAUCCACAAUUUCUCUCCAGCUUACCAACAGUACACCCAACAGUCCACGCUGGAGCAGGGGGUCACCGCACCACCCUUGUCCCGCAACCACAGCUGUCUGAACGCCCGCGACAAUGAGAAAACCCUGCUGCUCAGCUCCGACGAUGAGUUUUAACUGAGUAAAGGUACUCCACAAGGGACCCUCUACUGCUGCCGUAGGUCACGUUAACAUAGAAACAGGUUAUUAAAGGACCAUUGUAGCUACAUUUUAGAGCAAUAUAGUAUAAAAUAAAGCUGCUUAUACUUGCUUAGUUGUAAACAUGGACUUUAAUGAUGCGCUUUUUGCAAUAAUGUUGUUUAUACAAAGACAUCAAUAAUACAUACGUUUGAACUUUAAGCCAAUCUCACAUGGUCUGAAUCUUCAGCGUUUGAAUUCAUGUAUUUUUUUACGCUUCUAGUUUUACAUUUAGUGGAUGUGUUUGGACAUCCUGGGAUAUUUAUAAAUAGCAGUGUAUUGGAGGGCCCCGUUUUUGGGGAAUGUUUUUCCGUUUCAGAUUUACAAGUUCAAGUGCACCUUUGCUUGUGUUUGGACAGUGUUUAUAGCUUCCCCCAGUGAUUUAAAGGGCGGGUUUGGUUUUGAAUGAGAGAGUGCAGUGACGACAGAGCGAGUACCAGCUGUUUAAACACACACUUUGUUGUUUUGACGGAUGAAUCCAGGGACAGGGAGAGCUUGAUGGUCUACGAUAAGAUUGGAGAUUAACGCAGUCUGGAUUAGAAGGCUGCAGUUGGAGCAUUACUGGUCUGGUGGAGAUUAGUUUAAGCUCUGGUGAUAGUGUGAUCUUCCUGGACCACUGCAGACAAAAAAAAUCAUCUAUCUAGGUUAGCUGAGCAGUUUAAAAAUAAUAUUGAGGUUAUGGUUUUUUUUAGUGCAUGCUAGAUUUCCAUAUAAAAGCCAUUUCAGUCUGGAUGCUGUUUGGUUUUUUUUGUCUGAUGAAAAGAUUAAAUUUGUUUCAUUUGAACAUUUCAAAGCCGCAAAAAUGAUUUAUUCAAUAAUGAUGUUGAAUGAUAAUUUAUUCAACUCUGUCAUCACCUAUUGGAUUGGUUUUGCCCAAUAAUAAAAAUAUGCUUUUAAUUGAGUCAUUGUCAGGCCAUCCAAUAUUUCAGUGGUUUUUUUUUUUUUUUUCAGUGGCACACAGGAGAAAAGGAAGAGUUUAGAUGGUGAUUCAUCAAAUGCAAGUCAAAGCCGUGCUGACACUUUAAAAGUAAAGAAAAAAAACAUUUAUAAGUAAAACUAAAUGUAGUGAUGCCUCAUGGUCAUGUGUUGAGGUUUUCUGAAGUGAAACAAUCAUUCUGUGCAAGAAAAUACAUUAUUUACUUUAUUAUUAUUUAACUCCUAGGCAAACAAACCUCAUUAUGUUGCGCAAACUAAAUGUUUUACUGCUUAAUACUUGAGUAUAUCAUCAGAAGCCAAUAUGAUUCAUUUUGUUUUGCCUUUAAAUGUCUCUUUUUUUGUGUGUGUCAGUAGCCAUUAAAAUUUGAUUUAUAUCCGCAUGGUAUCAUGUUAAAUUUACUUAGGAAAAGUUUAUCUACAUCUUAAUGGCCUGAAGUUGAGUAAAUAAACAGUGUAUUUUCAUUUCCAGGUGACCCGUCUCUUGAAGACGAUGACAGAAUUUUAUUUUGUAACAUAUUAUUUAAUUUUCAAGGAAACUAUUCCUUCAUUGUUUCCAGAUAGGCCACAAGAGGGAGUCAUAUCUCACCUUUCACAUCUUUAUCUUUAUGAGACACGCCUGUUAUCACUGAACUUUAGAGAGCCACACCAAAGUCUCUCCCAUUCUUCAAAAGAAUCCGCCAUUGCGCUUUACGUCUUCAGAAAGCACUAGGCCCUUGAUGACCAAGCUUGAAGUGGUUGUGAUUGGUUUGAUAGCAUCUUUGGAGUUACUGAUUAACUGUCCUACACUUUUAUUGGUACAAUAGCGGCCAGUAUAAACACACUGCAGCUGGAACCAAGUAUGAGUAUGAGUGGUACCUGCUUCUAGUUCUUACGUGAGUGUUUUUGCCGUGUAUGAGGAGAUGAUCUCAUUCAAUAAUAUAGAUGUAAACUUGCACUAAGCAGUUUUGCUUAUUUAGAGGAAAUACUUAAUAUUUUGGCAAGCUAUUUCUAUACUGUUGCACCGUAUGUUAUUAAGAGAGUGGUUUCAUAACAUAGGAAGUGCUGUUUCUAUUUGACAAGAAUAUAUAUUUUGUGGAAACAAACACUAUGACUUUAUUUGUAUGUGUCUUGCUGUUUUAAACAGAGCGUUGUGUAUUAUUAUGUCAAAGAUUUCCCCCCUCUGACUUAGGAAACAAUAAAGAAGUUUUGGUCUG